CCACACGUUAGUUUAAAUCGCUCUGCAUUCGCUAUUAUAAAAGGUUAUGGGCCCACGACGCUACGCUGUAUGCGGAAUCCCGCAGUUUAACGGUGGAGGGGCAUUUCAGCUAGCUGCGGGAGAUUCCACGAAGACCCACUUACUGGGGUUUGAGAACCUAAUCCAGCAAAUGAAAACUGUUGGAGCAAAGGUCGAGAAAGCUGACUUAGUCAUUUCGCUGUUCCAGACUCUACCGGAUACAUACAAUCCAUCGAUCACUGCAUUGGAGAAUAUCCCUGAGGAAGAACUGAGUUUGGAGGUCGUCAAGCAACGCUUAAUUACGGAAGAGCUGAAGAGAUCCGAACGUCACGAAGACUCCGGGGAGGUCAAGACUGCGGCAUUUUUCGGUGAGAAGAAGAGCAAGUCGAAGAGAUUUCAAGGCGAGUGCCAAAAUUGUGGCAAGCAAGGCCACUUAAAGAAGGACUGUCGAGUGAGAGGUAGUAAGGCAAAUUCGGCUGAGCAGAGGCAGUGCCGUAUCGUUCAUUGCAAGCCGUGAUAUUGAAAAGGCUUCUACCGGAAAGGUGUUUUUUAGGUUCGAUUCCGGUUCGUGGUCGGUUGAACCUAGUGAACGACCUGACUGUGUUACCGGGAGUUUGCAAGAUAAAGCAACCUGUCGUGAUUCAAGUAGCGAAGGAUGGAGAAACGCUGACAUUAAACACUAUGGCAGCGGUUCUCAACCUUUUUUGUCCGCGUACCCCUUGGCGAUAUUUUCCAAAUCAAUUGUACCCCACUGCUUGGCAUGUUCUCGUAAAGUGGGACAGAGUAUUGGUAGGUCAUAUUGUGGUAGUCUUGUUCAGGUUUAAAAUUGAAGUAUGGUUUGUUUGAUUGCUACAAUCAUGUUUUUAGAGCAAGUUCGAACAACAAUUGAAGUACUAUCAAGAAAAAUUGCUUUGUCCGCCAUUACUGAUUUUUCUUACGCGUACCCCCUGAAGGUUCUCGCGUACCCCUAGGGGUACGCGUACCCCAGGUUGAGAACCGCUGCACUAUGGGAACCAUCAUCUAAAGAAGCAACAAGCAUGAAUAUGAACGAUUUCACUACGUCCCGGAGCUUCGUGACAACUUGAUGUUGGUAAAAAAACUGGUAAAGACGGGUGUUGUCGUAACCUUCUGCGGCUUUUCAGCAAUUCUCAAGAAAAACGGUAACGUGAUUGCUACUGCGAAUCUGAGAGGCAACCUGAACGAAAUCGAGGUGGAAGUUCCAACAUCUUCGGCAAAUAUGUGUCAAUUAAAAGCAACCAAUUUGUGGCACUGAAGAUUGGAACAUCUAAGUCAACAAGGUAUAAAAGCAAUCAUAGGUAACAAUCUUGGAGAAGGUGCUGACUGCAAAGAGGACAAGCUCGAAUUCUGUGAGGUGUGCGUAAAAGGGAAACAGUGCCGUGAAUCGUUCAACGGCACUUCUCCGAGAGCAACAAGGCAUUUGGAAAGAAUCCAUUCGGACGUAUACGGACCUAUUGAACCUGCCGCAUGGGAUAGCACGAAGUAUUUCGUUUCCUUUUUCGAUCCCGCAUUAUCAAUAACCAUAAAACUUGCUUAACAACUAGUUCGGGAUAUAGUCACAACUGUGUGGGUUAUCGUUAAACGAUCUGCAUUAUCAUCCGGUUAUGGUUAUUGAUUAUGCGGGAUGAUCAUGCCCAUUUCGCAAUACUGUUCGUGAUGAAGAGAAUAUCGGUGGUCUUUGUUAGAUUCCGUGAGUAUGAGGCCAUGGUAACGGUGCAGUUCAACAUGAAGAUCUCAAAGUUAACAAUCGAUCGAGACCGUCAGUAUCUUUCCAAUGAACAAAACGGUUCUACUCGCAGAAAGGAAACCAGGUGCAAAGCAUUUAAUUAGAUCCCUAAUCAGCAACGGAAGAAACUGGAUGCCAGAACCUUUAUUAUGGUCGGUUACGCGCCAAACGGUUACCGACUAUGGGACAGGACACGAAAACCUGUGCCAACUGUGACAAGAAAGCAGAUCUACCUACCUAGCUGAUCGUUGUACCGUACCAGCAAGAGGGGGAAGUUAUUCACGAUGAGACACCGAUGUUAUAUGAGAAUGCUGUUGAUAAUGACGAUAGCGUUGUCGAUCCGCUGGUUGAUUCUGAGGCGCUCCUAAUUACCGAUGAUAAGGAUGACGCGGAAAAGACGGUGGACACCCUUCGCAACUAGGACAACUCGAAUCCCAAGGUCAAGCGACGUUAGGACGCAGCGAACAGGAGUGCAGACUCCUCGGUAAGCAUUUAAAAUUAAACCGGUGAAUACAGUGCAAAUUCUGCUGGCCCAUCUUCUACAGAUGUUCUUCGGAGCUUCGGCGACAUCGCAAGCUGUCCAGAUAGGAUCAAAUGACUGGAAGCGGUCGACAACGAAAUGCAAUCCAAGAGGGUAAACAGCGUAUGGAAGAUGACAUCCUGUCCGAGCGGAGUGAGACCCCUUAUGUAAAUCAAAAUGGGUAUUGGCCAGACCGUGAGAUACAAGGCCCGACUAGAAGCAAAGGGGUACCUGCAACAAUACGGUGUUGACUUCUGUCGCGAAGCUAUCCAGUUUCAUUUCCUCCAGAUGGACGUCAAAACGGCGUUCCUACAAGGUGACUUGAAGGAGGAUGUUUACAUGGAGAUCCCUAAAGGCGUCAAAGCUCCAGUAAAUCUGACGUGUAAGCUGCUAAAAUCAUGCGGAUUGAAGCAAUUUCCACGUUGCUGGAACGAAAAAUUCAAUCAUGAACUAAUGAAGAUGGGUUUCAAGAGGUUCCGCAAUGACUACUGCCUUAAAACAUGCUGCAAAGACGGAGACGAGCUACAUGUUGUGCUAUACGUGGACGAUCAGCGCAGGGAGGAAAUUUGACUCCAUCAUCCGAUUGGAGAAACUGCUCUCAACCAUAUUUUGCAUGAUUGAUUGCGGAGAGGCCCGCCACUUUCUGGUAAUGAAGAUAUCAUACAAUCGGGAAGCAGGAACCCUUCAACUUUCACAGAAGACACACGUCGAAAAAAUCGUCAAACGUUUUGGAUUGGCUAAAUGCAACGCUGCCAAAACGCUAAUGAAGAAAGGUCUACAAUUGCAAUAAGUAGGAACACCAGCUCAAGAACCCUACAGAGAAAUGCUGCGAAGCCUAAUGUACAUCAUGCUAAGCGUUCUUCCGGACAUCUGCUUCCGGGUGGGUAUCUGGGGCGAUACCAACAUAAGCCUAUGGACACAUACUGCCAAUGUCUAAAAACGAUCGUCCGUUUCCUAAUGGGGAGUGCCAAAACCGUAUUGCAGUUACAAUACAACGACUAUUGUCCGCUAAUCAGCUUUGCCGAUGCUGGCUGGAGCGCCGACAAUAAAGGUCGCAAAUCUGUGUCCGGAUACGUUUUCAAGGUGUUUGGGUCCACAGUCUUAGUUUUUAACGCUCUGAAUUCGUUAUCAUAAAAUAAACCCAUCACCGACAAUCCAUUAUAUAGCUCAUAUUAAAUAUGUUAAAGAGCUUUUUCCUUGAUCCAAUGUGGUAUUCAUGGACAACCCUGAUACACAUAGCCAACUGUUUAGUGUAAAUCGUGGAGAAAUAGACAUAAUUGUACACGGAAACAAUAGCCAGAUCUAGAUAAAACUAUAAUGAAUUGUCAAAACUAAUGCAAGUUGCUUUUGUUGGGCGCACUCGCAUAUUUUGGCGGUUUUAUAUAUUUUGUGUUUGUCAUUAAACGUUAGCACCGUAUUUUUAGGCUUCUAGUUUUACUCUUCAUAGCGAAGCAACAGCUCGCCAGAUAGAUUUAAAUAAGGUCAAAGUUAAAUAUAAUGCGCGAGGUACUUUCGAUCAAUGUCGGCCAGGCGGGAUGUCAAAUCGGGAAUGCCUGCUGGCAGCUGUUUACCCUGGAGCAUGGAGUCCAACCGGAUGGUACGAUGAGUGAGAAGAUUCCGGUUGACGAAAACAUGGCAGCUUUCUUCCAGAAUACCGACUCUGGUAAGGUCGUUCCUCGCAAUAUUUUCAUCGAUUUGGAGGAAUCAGUGAUCGACGAUAUGAAGAACGGACCGUACAGAUACCUGUACCAUCCGCAGUAUAUGAUCACGGGAAAAGAGGAUGCGGCUAACAAUUACGCUAGAGGCCAUUACACCGUUGGCAAACAGAUUAUCGAGCCGGUGUCUAGGGCUAUCCAGAAGCUUGCAGAACAAUGUGAUGGGUUGCAGGGGUUCUUGGUAUUCCAUUCAUUUGGGGGUGGAACAGGAUCGGGGUUUACUUCGUUGCUGAUGCAGCAGCUGGCUGCUGAGUAUGGGAAGAAGUGUAAACUGGAAUUUGCUGUUUAUCCUUCGCCUACAAUUUCUACGGCUGUCGUGGAACCUUACAAUUGUGUCCUAUCGACUAGUACUACGAUGCAAAACUCGGACUGUUGUUUUAUUAUGGACAACCAAGCAACCUACGAUAUUUGUUCUAAAUACCUGCAGAUUGGCCGACCUGAUUAUGCCCAUCUAAACGCAUUGGUGGCACAGGUCGUUUCUUCGGCUACCGCGUCGCUUCGGUUCAAGGGAACAAUGAAUGUUGAUCUUAAUGAGUUUCAAACAAAUUUGGUUCCUUUCCCUAGAGUUCACUACCCGCUCGUAUCAUAUGCACCAUUAUUAUCUGCCAAUAAGGCCCAGCACGAGUUUUCUUCAAUUGCCGAAAUUACAAACGCUUGUUUCGAGCCCCCUAAUAUGAUGGUAAAGUGCGAUCCUCGUCAUGGUAAAUACAUGGCUUGUUGUAUGCUCUACCGGGGAGACGUAGUGCCGAAGGAUAUCAACUCUGCGAUCGCUGCCAUUAAAAGCAAACGCCACAUAACCUUUGUAGAUUGGUGCCCGACGGGAUUCAAAAUCGGGAUCAAUCAACAGGCACCGUCCGUUCUGCCCGGGGGAGAUUUGGCCAAACCGAAGAGGGCUGUAUGCAUGCUGUCGAACACGACGGCCAUUUCCGAUGCGUGGGCUCGCGUGAACCAGCAGUUCGAUCUGAUGUAUCUGAAGCGGGCUUUCGUUCAUUGGUACGUCGGUGAAGGAAUGGAAGAGGGUGAGUUCAAUGAGGCUCGCGAGGAUAUGGCGGUGCUGGAACAGGACUACGAAGAAGUCGCCGGAGAUACUGCGGACGCAGAGGGUGGAAAUUCGGAUUUUGAGUAUUGAAAGCUGCUCCGUUGGGUGCCUUGUGUGCAACCGAAUCUAUGUGUAAUUUUGUCUUUACUAAUUUAUACGUGAUAAUAUACAAUUAUAUGGUAAAGUAUAAUCGUCUAUCGUUAGAGGUUUAGCACUUGAGUGUUGCAUUGUGGGAGUCUAUAAUACCAUCAAUCCACCAGAGGAGAUUUUUUUCUAAAAUUGAAUACAUUUCCGUACCAAUUUUACAUGUAAGUUUUCUAGAAAAAGUGAGAGAAGCGAUUUUCUAAGUGUAUUGGUUUUUAUAUUCAGCUAGUUCUAACGAAGGCUGAGUACAAAUAAUACUUUUAUGCACUUUGGCGUUUCAUUUAGUCGCAUGAUUCACGGUAAAGCGUAAGAUAACUUACUGAGAAAAUACGAUGGGUGCGAUAGUUUUAGCAGGGUUUGAAAAGAAAACUUAAUAUUUAUGAUGCGUGUCCCUUAACUAAAAACUUGCGCCUUAGUGCUAAUUGAAACGCCAUUAUUGUUCAGUUACAAGUUAUGUAGUGAAGUGUGUGUAGGGGAGAAUGGUAUAAACAUGUCAUGCUUAUGCUACGUUCCCCUUUUUUGCACGGCUCGUAAUGGCAGUUACGCUACAAAAACUCUUGGGUGCAAU